UAGAGUGACAUCUUUCAGUUAAUUAAGCAUUUUGUUUUAAAACUUGGGAUUCUCUCCAAUCAUUGCUGGUUUGCGUUUGGUACGAUGAUCAUGAAGCCCAUCAGUCUGCUAUUCCCGGUGCGAACGAUGGAGUAAUCUCUCGCACCGAUUCAUGUUAAAGCGAGCUCUGUCGCGAUCCGAAUUGAAGGGGAUAACCCUGCAAAAUUUCCGCGCAUGAUUCAUCAGUUGCGUAGUCGGUGUAGAAACACGAACCAUUUCUCCUCCCACCCGAGCCACGUCGUCUAGCCUCAUUGAGAUCGUGCUGGCAGAAACCAGUGGUCAAGAUAUUUCUUAAUGAAACGAACGGCAGAUCUAGAUGGUCCGCAUAGAGUUUUAUGCGGACUCUCCCAAUACGACGAAUGUUCUCCCUUUCGUUCCCCUCGACCCCAAAUUACGGCUCCACUCGGUCACUCCUCGGUCUCACUCACUCGCCGGAGACGCCAACCGGUGCCGAUGGAGAGCUUCCGCCACCAGAGAUCCCCCGGCUCCGAGCGCUUCCUCGGCCUCUUCACCCCUCCCGACUCCAACGGCUCCGCCGGCGUCGAGCUCCACGAGGACGAGGUCUUCUGGACCGCCGCCGACCACCCCGACCCGGCCCGCUCCCCCCGUGCCAAGAACCCUAACCCUAAUUCUAGCUACGGCCCCGUCUCCCCCUCUUCCCGCGCCACCUUCCGCCGCCUGCCUGACCGGAGCUUCGGCAUCCUUGCUGCCCUCCCGGAGGAGGACAAGAAUUCGUCGCCGGCGGCCGGGGGUCCCCCGUUCCUCCAGCGGAAGUCGUCCCUCUCCUCCUCCUCCUCCUCCUCCGCCUCCUCCUCCUCGUCCGCCGCGCGGAUGAUCCCGGCGAUCCCCAAGCCCAAGACUGAGUACUCUUUCUCCGUUCCGGCCGGGAAGAUCCGCCACCAGUCGGCCCCGGUCAAUGUCCCGGUGAUCCCCGGAAGGCCGAGAAAGGCCGCCGAUGAGAUCGAGGAAGGCGGAGGCAACGAGGACGGGGACGAGGAUGAGAUGCUUCCACCUCACGAGAUCGUAGCCAGGAGGGGUUCGCCGAUGACGACCUUCUCGGUGCUGGAAGGGGCUGGGAGGACGCUUAAGGGGAGGGAUCUGCGCCAGGUUCGCAAUGCUGUAUGGAGGAACACAGGUUUCCUUGAUUGAUACUUGGAACUGUUUGCUUGUGUUGAUGGUAUUUUGGGCCUUUUGGAUUUGGAAGGGAUUUACGAUUUUGGAAAGGAAAGAGAAUAGAGGAGAAUAUUUUAGUUGUUCAAUGAAAAUAAGUGGGUGUUUAUAUCCUUCUUAG